AUAAAUAACCAUGUCGACACAACCUGAAGAACAAGAAGAAGAAAAUGUUUUGAAACAACUAUUAUCUCAAGCAGCCGUACUUAUUGGAACAUCACAACAACAACAGCCUUUGUCGAAAGAUAUACCUUUGGAAACACAGUUAACUCAACGUUUACAAGAAUUAAAACUAGUACCAGAUAAUAAUGAUGAAUCUUCUGAAACUCAAACAAGUGUGAAGAAAGAAAGUUCUAUUCAACAUACCUUUGUCCUAGAAUGUCUUCAUUUACUUGUCAGUAUUCAAGAGGCUCUAGCUACCGAAAUGACUCACAAUGAAAAGCAAACCGACCGAGAUUAUCUUGGUGUCCGAGAUCUUCGUCUUGUUCAUACCCUGCUCCAAGUUGUAGUUUCCUGGGGCAUUUAUCCUUGCUUAUUACCUGGUGUUGGUGUACCUUUAUCAAAACGUGUCAAAUCAGGUUAUACAAAUCAUGAGCUCUUAACAUCACGUAAAGACACUGAAGCUACGGAAACUGAACGAUCACAACGUACACUUUUAUCCAUCACAACUCAACUAGUAGAUAUUAUAGCACGAAAUGAGAAAACUACAAUUGGAAAACAAGGCACCACAAUUGCUUCUAUUCUUUUACUACGACAUUUACCAGAUCUCUAUGCUGCUCUACUUCAGCUAGCAUAUCAGCCAGUACCAUCAACAACCAAUAUAAAUUCACCUGGGAAUGGAUCUUCAAUAUCAUCAUCAUCAUCAUCAUCAUCGUUCAGUCCAGCAAAUAUGGGGUUCUCAGAUAGUGUGAUGACAAAGGAAAAUACAAACAUCCUAACUCCUGAUGAGAAAAACAAAUGUGCUCGAAUGUUCAUGUGGCUCUUUGAAAGAUCUGAUCUUUAUCGAGCAAUGGAAUCGUUGAUGCUUUUAUUGGGAACAUCGCCAUUACAUCCAGUUCCUGCUUGGUUGAGAAGUAUAUGUGGCCGGUUUUUAUCUCGAAUAUUGUUGAAGCCCACAGGUGUGGCCGUGGUAUUAGAAUUUACUGUCGGAAAUACAGAACAAAUACAAUUGGCGGAAAUGGAGAAAAUCUCAAAAUUGGUAUUAUCAACUCCAAGACAAAUGACUUCUGUAGAGAGUUAUUAUGCCGUUAUUUGCCCUCAACUUUUGGAAUUUUUAAUGGGUACCAAUCAACAGAGAUCCUCAACGGCAAAAGAUCAAGUGGUUACAUUUAUUGUGGGACGAAUGAUUAUCAAACAUACUGAUCUCACCAAGAAGUAUAUUGUAGAACCCAUUAUUGGUCCUUUGGAAAGAUAUUGGAAACAGUCACAGUAUGACGAUAACAAAGGCAAUGACAUUAUCUCUGUAUCUAAUAAUAUGGAUCGAGUGGUUAUAGACGACAAUAAGAUGGCCAAUCUACUACGAACAUUGCACAAUAUAAUGGUGGGUGGUGAACCUUCUCCCUUAGUGAUCCAAACUUUCAUGGUGACCAUUGUUCCUCCGCUAUACCAUUUAUAUGAUUUUGCCUGCCGCACGAAAUCAGGGUUACGAGAAACUGUAUUGGAUUUAUUGACAACUUACUUUCGUAUCAUGAUGACAAAGGACGUAUUGGACGAUCUCAAGAAAAUAAUAUUGGAUCCCAUCAGUAUUCAAGGUGAUCGUGUAGCAUAUUUUGCGCCAUCAUCCAGUGGUGGUAUUGAAUUACGAUUAAAAAGGGAAAGAAAGAGUUUAGGUGGAAAUGAACUUCCUUUGGAUACAACUCGAUUGGUGGAAUUUCUUCAGACUUUGGAUAAUCCUGACUUGAGUGGUGAUUUUUUUGUCUCCUUACUCAACAUUUAUACCACCAUGCAACAUGCUUCAUCGGCAACAGAUCCUAAAAGUAUACUGAUGGUAUUACAAUUGAUUAUGAGUAUGGCUGAUACCUUAGGUCCUAACAUUCUUGGAAAACCUACACAAAUCCUGUCAUUUGCUAAUAACAUAGUGAUGGAACAUUUAGAUCGUAUUGAAAAUGUCAAGAAUCAACAAGAACAACAACAACAACAACAAGGUAGAUUCCCGAUAGAUUUGGCCAAUAUUAUCAGUGAGGAUCAAAAGGAAAUACUGGAAGAACAUGAUGACAAUUUUACGGUAGAAGAUGAUUUAGAAUCUUUAUUGUUGGCCAUCGAUCUUGUACGUGCAGUUAUUCAAGAAAAUGAUGAAUUGAAUCAUCCUACCAUUCAACUCUUGACAUCGAUCUUGGGGCCAAUGAAGCGAUUGGAAAAGUAUGUUAGUGAUAUUAUGCAAGAACAAGUACAUGAGGUGAUUCUGGCCAUCACCACUUUAUUAUCGGCGCAUGAUAUGGCAAAGAGCAAAUCAAGUGGAAAUGAACAAUUGGAACAGUCGAAAAUAAAAUAUCGAGAUGCGAUGAAAGCUCUUCAAGAUGAAUUGUUACCUAUUCGGGCACACGGUAUGGGCAUGUUGAAGGAGAUGAUUCUUUCCAAAGAUCCUUUGGUAUCUUCCGGUACUCAGUUGGACAGUAUUUUGGACUUGUUUAUUCAAUUGGUUCAAGAUGAAGAUAGUUUUAUCUAUUUGAAUGCAAUCAAAGGUUUAUCGGCAUUAACAGACAUCCAUGGCAAGAAAAUCAUCGAAAAGUUGGGAAAUAUUUACAGUGACGUCUCUGAAAAAUUGGAUAAUCGGUUACGAGUAGGUGAAGCUUUGUUGCAAACGGUUCAACGUUGUGGUGAUACGCUUGGAACAUAUAUCAAUAGCUUGAUCAAACCUUUAGAAACUGUUUUGGCUAGCCGACAAACACCUACUCAUCUUCGUGUGUCAGCAUUAUCCAUACUUAGUACAGCAUGUCAGACAAGUCCAAGUGCAUUGACAGGUAUCUUGUGGGAAUUAACUAAUUGGGUAUUGAAUAUUCUUGAAAUUGAAAAAGCACCAGAAAUUCGUCGGGCUGGGACAGUAUUGAUAUUAUCACUCUUCCGAGGAAUGGCACAACAAACUUUAUACGAUUUUCCAGCGGACAACUUGCGGCGGGCUUAUAGAACACUUAGAUAUAUUGAACAUAGUGACCCGGAUGAAUUGACAAGACAUCAAGCGAGAGUAGCUCUAAGUGAUUUGGAUAUGAUCAUGCGUGGUGAACUCUUCAAAUCCAAUAGAUAAUAGAUUUAGAUUAUUAUUUUACCCCUGAAACACAUUUUUUUUUGGUACAAAUAAACAACACCCUGUUA